UUCCCCACACAUCUCCAAAUCUACCUCCCUAACACCCCACCCCAACCCCUGAAAGCAAAAGAAGCAGAAAAUGGACAUGAAUACCAAAACAACAUUUCUGGCACUCUGUGUAGUCCUUGUGCUUAUUCUUGGUGAAGUUGAAGUGACAAAUGCGGUGACUUGCAACCCACUGCAGCUGAGCCCAUGUGCAUCUGCAAUCACAUCAUCGAGCAAGCCGAGUGCUGCGUGCUGCGCCAAGAUUAAGGAACAGAGGCCAUGCCUGUGCCAGUACAUGAAGAACCCCAAUCUUCAGAAGUUCAUUAAGUCUCCUGGUGCCAAGAAAGUUGCCAAUUCUUGCGGCACGCCAUACCCCAGAUGCUGAAAUUACACCGUGUGCAAUUCUCUAUGACCUACUGCUUAAGUAUCAUAUAAAGUGAAAUCACAUGUCAUAGUUACUAAAUUAUAUCCCACUAUGGUAUAGUUUUAUAUAUAUCUUUGCCUAUGAGUAUUUUAUCAUAUGAUGAGUCUGCUCUAUACCUGUUUGGUGCUAGUAAUGCCCUGUUUUGUGCUUGGACUCUCUGGUGUGUUUAUUAUGGUAAUAAAAUUGUCUUUGCAUGGA